AUGUCCUCCGACUCUUCAACAACCAACACUACUCAAGGUAGUAAUUUGGGAAAGAGAACUUUGGAAGAAACAACCAGCACUACUCAAGGUGGUGGUGAAGAAGGCACAUCAUCAUCCUCCUCCGAAGAGAACAAGAGCAAAAAUCAAGCCACCUUACAAAGCUUGGCUGAAGAUGUACAACAGUUGAUCAACUCCAUUCCAAAGGGUUGGUAUUUUACUCCGUUAGAUCCAAUUCGUCCUGGACAAUUUGAAUAUUCGACCUAUGAACGUUUUCCGUAUGAGGAAUUACCCAGUGCUACUGAAGUGCAUAAAAAGACGGGACAAGAUCCCGAAGAAUCAACUUUUUCGUUUGAUGGAGUAUUUAAAGGUGAUUGGAAAUGGAAGCUCGAUAGUAUGAAGAAAGACAUUGAACAAUUUCAAGAAUUGAGAAAGAAAGAGCUUGAAGAACAGGGAGAACAAGCAGAGGACGACCACACUAAAUUCGGGUUGGCUAAUGUCGAUUCAGAACUCGAAGAAAAGGAUGUUGAAUUAAUUCCACCAGUAAUUAGAACUUUGUUUGACCGUGUUUAUCACAUGUUUUUGACCGUAGAUGCAGAAUCACCAACAGCAUGUUAUUUCAAUUUAAUGAAACCUAUUGGUCCACUCAAAAAGUAUUAUCCCAAACAUGAAUUUUAUUUAUUGCCAUUCUAUAAUGAUCAACAAUCAUGCUUGACUUGGUUUGCCUUAUAUGACUACAAGGUGAAAAUGUCUGAAUUAGAUCCAACACCUGCAACACCAAUCCUUGGAUCCUUUGAGCAUCCAGUCGUUGUGAGCGGAAUUUCAAUUUGUGACGAAGAUUUAGAAAAUAUUUCCCUGUCAGAUAUUGAAUAUCAAUCGAAUGGUGUUGAAGAAUUCGUAUGGAGAACAGUAUUGGAAGGGAAAUUGUGGAUGUGUUUGCAUCCAAGUGUUGGCAAAAUGGAAACCAAAGACAUUAAAUUCCUCCCUGCAAAACGUUAUGCCAUGCAUUUAGAAAAACUGAACAAUGAAAAGAAGAAUCAAAAGAACAAGUCUGACACAUCCAAAUAA